GGGCGGGCGGCGGGGCCCUGGCUGCGGCUGCUGAGGACGCGGGUGGCGGGGGCAAGGGUGAGCAGUCUGAGCUGGAGUCCGGACGGGCAGCUGCUGGCGGCCGCAUCGCCCGACCAGGCGGGGCUGCAGGUGUGGGAGGUGGCCAGCGGCAUCCCCACCCCGGUCAGUGCCGGCCCCGCCGCGUUCGACACGGUGCGCUGGUCGCCCUGCGGCAACUACGUAUUCGCAGCCGGCACCGGCAGCCGCCACUUUUACAUCUUCGAGACUCACCGCUGGCGCUGGGCUCGUUGGCAGACCUCCUCCGGCUCCCCCUCUUCCCCCUCUCCCCCCUCCGCCUCGCCCCUACCUCGACCCAACACCCACGCAUCCGCCUCCCAACGCGGAACCUCCGGAACAACAACCCCUCGCGACUCGGUGGUAGCCGC